GUCAAAGUCCUCAUCAUUUUGUUGCAUAAAUUCCCCCACUCUUUUUUUCCACCAUUAAGCUAAUUCUGAGAUCUUCACUCACGAUCAUCUCCUCCAAUGAGUUUACCAGCUUCUACUUCAUCAGGCACAAUGAAACCUUCCAGAGGAAGGCCACCUCUUCCCGUCAUUAUUAUUAUAGUUUGUGUUGUUGCCUUCAUGGCUCUCCUCUAUACAGAAACCAGUACUUUUCUUUCUCACAGCUCCAUUUUCAGGCUCAAAACCUGUACCAGAAAAAACUCUGUUAGAAAAUCAAAUGAUAGAGCUGCAGAGAAUCAUGAGAUGUAUAGCUCCUUUGUAGAUGAUAGGUUUGAGUUUGACCCGGAGGAAUGCAAUGUCGCUAGUGGAAAGUGGGUUUUUAACAGUUCUAUAAAGCCCUUAUACUCAGACAUGUCAUGCCCGUAUCUCGAUAGACAAGUUUCUUGCGUCAAGAAUGGACGCCCGGAUUCUGAUUACCGCCACUGGGAAUGGCAGCCGGAAGAUUGUACCUUGCCUAGGUUUAAUCCAGAAGUGGCUCUUAAGAAACUGCGAGGAAAGAGGCUACUGUUUGUGGGAGAUUCGCUGCAACGAGGUCAAUGGCAAUCUUUCGUAUGUAUGGUUGAAUCCAUUAUACCAGAGGACCAGAAGUUCUUGAGACGGGGCCGCUCUCAUACAGUCUUCAAAGCUAAGGAAUAUAAUGCAAGUAUCGAAUUUUAUUGGGCCCCAUUUCUUGUCGAGUCCAAUUCCGAUAUCCACAUUAUAGUAGAUCCAAAGAAGAGAAUACUGAAAGUGGAUUCUGUUUCAAAGCAUGCCGAAAACUGGUUAGAUGUGGAUAUACUUGUGUUCAAUACUUAUGUUUGGUGGAUGAGUGGUCCUAGACUCAAAACACUAUGGGGAUCUUUUGCAAACGGGGAAGAAGGGUUUGAAGAGUUGGAUACACCAGUUGCUUACAAAAUAGGUUUGAAGACGUGGGCCAACUGGGUUGACUCAACAAUCAAUCCCAAUAAGACACGUGUCUUCUUCACUACCAUGUCCCCCACACACACAAGAAGCGAAGACUGGAACAGCACAGGUGGAUUAUUGAAAUGUUUCAACGACACAAAGCCAGUGAUGAAAAAGAAGCACUGGGGAACUGGUUCGGACAAGCGAAUGAUGAGCGUGGUAGCAAGUGUAGUGAGGAAAAUGAAAGUUCCAGUAACAGUCAUCAACAUAACACAAAUCUCAGAGUACCGAGUGGAUGCUCACACAUCUGUUUACACAGAGACGGGGGGAAAAGUUCUAACUGAUGAGCAGAAAGCUGACCCACUUCACCAUGCAGAUUGCAUACACUGGUGUUUGCCAGGUGUCCCAGAUACUUGGAAUCAAAUCUUUUUGGCACAUUUGUAGCAAGAAACAAGUCCACACGGAUCGAUCCUUGCGCACGUUUGUGUCACAAACAAGACAUCAAUUAUACAUACCUUUUGUUUUGUU